AUGGGUGCUCAAUUUUCGCAAUUCUUCCCUCCGCGCCCGACAUUCACCCUGUCCGACGUUCCCUCGCAGCAGGGGAAAGUCGUCAUCGUGACCGGCGGUGCAUCCGGAAUAGGACAGGAGCUGGUGCGCAUGCUCUACCAGAAAGGGGCGACAGUCUACAUCGCCGGCCGGUCCGAGCCGCACGCUCAGGCGGCCAUCCAGGCCAUUCAAGCCAGGACCACCACCACUGGGGGCCAGCUGUACUAUCUCCCUCUGCAUCUAGACGAUUUGACCACCAUCAAAUCCACCAUCGCCGCUUUCGCAUCGCGGGAAAGUAGACUCGAUCUGCUCGUCAACAACGCGGGCGUCUCCCAGCCCCCACUUGGAAGCGUCUCCGCGCAGGGGAUCGAGCUGCAAAUCGCCACCAACUGCCUCGGCCCCUUCCUCCUGACGCAGCUCCUCCUCCCAUUCCUCACCGCUACGGCGACAGCCAACAACGAAUCCUCCCCGGCACCGCGAGUGAUCUGGACCAGCAGCCAGGUAGCCGAGCUCUCCGCGCCGCCGGAGGGGAUCAUCCUGUCCGAGCUCCGCGACCCGCCCCGCGAUGCCGUCCGGAACUACGUUACCUCCAAACUAGGCAAUUGGUUCCUCAGCGUGGAGUUCGCCCGCCGGUACCGAGACGCCGGGCUGGUCAGCGUCGCGCAGAAUCCCGGGGCGGCGAACACCAAUCUGCUGCGCAACGCGCGGUGGAUGAAGCUGCUGUCGUGGCCCUUGCUGUACAGCCCCGACCUGGCGGCUCACACGGUUCUCUUCGCCGCCGUCGCGGAGGAGCUGGACAAGCCCGACAACACCGGUGCGUAUGUGAUCCCCUGGGGUCGACUGCAUCCCGGGGUGGCGCCGAAAUUGGCCCGGCAUUUGGCGCCAGCGGAGGAGGGCGGCACUGGGCGGGCGGGCGAGUUCUGGGAGUGGUGCGCGGAGCGGACGAGGGAUUAUUUGUGA